AUGCGCGCCUCUCUGAGCUUGGCGGCUGUGUAUGCCGCAGCCACGGCCAGCGCCUUUCAGGGGUUCAACUACGGAUCUACCUUCAUCGACGGUAAAGCGAAAGCACAGUCAGACUUCGAAUCCGAGUUCAAGACCGCAGCUAGCCUCGAGGGCACCAAUGGCGCCUUCACGUCCGGUCGUCUCUACACCAUGGUCCAGGGAGGAAGCACUAACGAUGUCAUCUCUGCUAUUCCCGCCGCCAUUUCCACAAAGACGACUCUUCUGCUCGGUCUGUGGGCCUCCGCCGGUGAUGCUGCUUUCGCCAACGAGCUUGAGGCACUGAAGAAGACUGUCUCGCAGUAUGGAAGUCAGCUGAAUGGCCUGAUUGCUGGUAUCUCUGUCGGUAGCGAAGACCUCUACCGCCACUCGCCUACCGGUAUCGCCAACGGCGAAUUCUCCGGCGCCGAACCCAGCAUUCUCGUCAAGUACUUUGAGCAAGUCCGAGAGGUCAUCAAGAACUCGCCCCUGAGCAGUGCUCCUAUCGGUCACGUCGACACAUGGACCGCCUGGGUUAACGGCAGCAACAAGGCGGUCAUCGACGCCUGCGACUGGAUUGGAAUGGACGCUUACCCCUACUUCGAGGACACCAAGCCCAACUCCAUUUCUGACAGCAAGGACCGCUGGGCCGAAGCUUUGGCUGCCACCCAGGGAGCUGUUGGUGGAAAGCCCGUUUGGGUCGCUGAGACUGGUUGGCCCGUCAGCGGCAAGACUGUUGGUGCUGCCGUUCCAUCUCUCGAGAACGCAAAGAAAUUCUGGAAUGACGUCGGCUGCCCCAUGUUCGGCAAGACAAAUGUCUGGUGGUACACAUUCCAGGACUCUUCUCCAACAACACCCAACCCCAGCUUCGGUGUUAUUGGCUCGACCUUGACCACCAAGCCUCUCUACGACCUCUCAUGUGACAGUGUCAGCUCUAGUUCAUCCGCAUUGGCCUCGGCCUCCUCUACGAACACUGCUGCCACUGCUACGGGCACUGCUACAGACGGUGCUUCGCCUUCUGCCUCUCAGAGCUCCGGCUCCGGCGGUGGCUCCGGCGGAGGUUCCGGCGGAGGUUCCGGCACUGGUGGCCCCGGUACUAAUGGCACCGUCAGCGUUCCAACGACGGCACCGACGGUUGUCCCUGGUAGCAGUGCAACCACGACGACCUUCAGCGUUGUUGUUCUGGCUGGAGCGAUUGUUCUCGCCAUGUUGUAA